GCCCGUACCCCUCAACCGUUUCAUAUAUAAUAUUACAUAGAUUACAUUCCCUCAGCCAUAUAAUAUAUAGCUUCACUAUAAAGAGAGAUCAUAGCUAAGCUAAGCUCAAAGUCACAGGUUGCAAGAAGACACACACCCACAAAGAGAACUCGAAGAUUAUUAAUACAACAAGUUUUUGGCCAUGGCGGAGGAGUUUCAGGCCGGGAUUUGUGGCGAAAACUGGUGGAUGAAUUCGUCGAAAAGCGUGUUCAUGGGCGGCUUGUCACCAUGUUCUACGGUGAGCAUCGCUAGUGAUCAUAUGGGAACUUAUGGAUCAUGGACCACGGCUGAUAUGGUAGACUUGAAGGCAAGGUCAAUAUCAUGCAACGAGUCUAAUCAUAUUACUACCUCAGUGUCCGAUGCCUCUAUACCUUUCCUAAAUUCUCAGAAACCUCAACAGGCUGAUUCAGAUAGUGGUGGUAGCAGUAUUUUGAUUGACUCCACCUUGCAAAUGAUGGGGUAUGGCCUUUCGUCGUCAUCUUCGUCAUCAUCGGAUUGGAACCAAGCUUUACUUCCUGGGAAUGGAAGAACUGAGAGUUACAACUCCAUGAUGCAAGAAGAGAUGAAUUCAGGAGGACUAAACUCUUCUCAAAUCCAAAAAGAUUGGAGUCCAAAGAGCUAUACAAGCACUGCUGAAGAUUUUUCCUUGGAUCAACAAAGGCUAAAUCCGGUUAACAGUUCCGGCAAUUCGCCACCAACUUGCCAGGGAUUUUCUACAGGCUUUUCAAUGGAGCCUUCAGCAUCUUAUGGCUACCCUUCAACAUUGAUACAAAGUUUAUUUGAACCUGAAUAUCCUCAACCACAACAAGCACAAUCUCUUUUCAACAACAGGUUCAUGAAUUACUUGUCGCCAACAGCUCCAAAUUAUGGGACCAACAUGACUGAAUUGUCAUCUCCUUCUUGGCCUAAAGUAUCUCCGUUAAUAAAAUCUUCUUUGCCAAAGCAACAGCCUAGCACUUUGCACUUUACUAACAACACACACUAUUGGAAUGCCUCGCCAACUGGAAUAAACGAUAUUAGAGCAAACCUUUUACCCUCAUCACAGUCUCAAUUUCUUCUGCCAGCUUUUGAAGAGAAAUCCAAUUGCUCCAACCUCACUACAAAGCCUAGCAAAGAAGUUCGAGACUCGGUUUCGGUAGUUAAGAAAGGAAGCGAACCAGCUUUCAAAAGGCCUCGAAUUGAAACACCAUCUCCAUUACCAACCUUCAAGGUCCGGAAAGAGAAGCUAGGAGACCGAAUAACUGCCCUCCAGCAAUUGGUUUCACCUUUCGGAAAGACUGAUACUGCAUCGGUUCUCCAUGAAGCUAUCGAGUACAUCAAGUUCCUUCAUGAUCAAGUCAGUGUGUUAAGUGCUCCAUAUAUGAAAAAUGGCAACCCCAUUCACCAUCAGCAGGCUCCAGCUGACAAACUGAAUGACCUAGAAGGGCCAAAACAAGAUCUAAGAAGCAGAGGACUAUGUCUUGUGCCUGUCUCCAGCACAUUUCCUGUUGCUAAUGAGACCACAGCUGAUUUCUGGACACCAACAUUUGGUGGUACUUUCAGGUAGAAGGAUGAUAUAUAGUAAAGCUAGCUAAACGUACAGCUUCUAUCCAAUGAUCAAGUACUGAUUCUAAAUAUCUGUAGUGUUGUAUCAAUCCAACCAAGAUGGAAGGAAAUGAUCAUAACUUCAAUAUAGGAAUUGAGAAGAUUAUAUUAGGAGCUGAGCUACUGCAUUGCUGUGCUAGCUAGCUGUAUCAGUCUUGAACGAAAAGCGAAAGAAAAGAAAUGAAAAAAGAGAAAAGGGAACUCAAGCUUCAUAGAUGGACAGACAAUGCUGGGCCAGCUGCAAGAAGAAUUAAUGAUGUUAGGCUAGCAAAUGAUCAUUAGGAGCCUCUGGAGAUCAAGAAUAUUAUAAAUAUCUAUAAGGAUUAUUAAUUAAUCCAAGUUGUAGUGCUGGUUAAUUAACUAGUAGUUUAAAGGUGGGAUUAGGCACAGGAACAACUGCUAAAUUCAGCUAAAUUUAACAAUAUUUGUGAAAUUAGAGAUUAACUGUAUGUUGUUGAUUGUUAUAUAUGAGUGGGGUGAAGUUAGCAGAUUGGGAUAGAAGGCCUUUUGUUCCUGUUGCUCUAAGAUUGUUGUGGAUGGCACCACCAGUCCACCUUUUUCAAUAUAUUGGCAUUGUUAUUAUUGAUGAAAGAAAAAGAAAAACAGAAAUAAAGGGAUCAUUGUACUCA